AUUUCCUCUUCCUUCUCUCAUUUUCCCUGUCCUCUCCUUCCUUCGUUCGUUGCCCACCGAUUCGAUUCUCUCUCACUAUUCACACACAGCUCCUCUCUCCCUAUAUAUACACAUUGAUGCAGAUCUCGCCAUUCCUGUGUUGUUUAGCUUCACGCCUCCGAUUCUCAGCGCAAUAAGAGAGGAGGGAGGAGGAAAGGGAAAGCGAAACAAACAAAGAUUCGGUUUCAUUUAUAGAAAAAAGAAGGGGGAAGAGGCCGAAAAUGGGGUCGGUUCCGGCGGAACUGAGCUUGGAUUUCAGGACGAUGUCGGCCAAGUUCGUCCCCAAGACGAUCGGAGAUUUCCUGCAGAACGCUUCGCCGGCCACGAUCGCCGAUGCGCCGGAGAAAGCUCCCAGAGUUGAAAGCUUGUUGAGGGAGCUGCAGGAGGAGAUGAAGAAGAUCGACGCCUUCAAGCGCGAGCUCCCUCUCUGCAUGCUCCUCCUGAAUGAUGCCAUUGUAGUUGUGAAGGAAUCGGUCCAGCGCUGUGCUACUAGUAAGCAACCACCGGUGUUGGAGGAAUUUAUCCCAUUAAAGAAGAGUUGCGAAGAAGAUGAAGAUGAACGCAGAGAGAACACUAGGAUUAAAAAUGACAAGGAUUCCUCCUCUAAAGACAAGAAAAGUUGGAUGAGUUCUGUCCAAUUAUGGAGCUCUGAUGAUCAAGCCACACCCGCUAGUUUUGAUGCUAAACGAAAUCUCAGUCUUGAAUCUUCUAAGGUAAACAAGAAGGUGAAUCGAUGUGGAAAUGAGGAUGCAUUUUUCUCAGUUUGUAAAAACCGGGGUCUGGUUACUUUGCCAGUCAAGAAUUUUCCUAGUUUAUUAACAAGGAAGGAAGACAAUGGCAGAGGAGAUGAUUUGGGGGUUCCUGGUCUAUCUCUUCUAACUCCGGGAAUCAAGAACUCUUCAGAGGAUUCUGGGUCAACCGGUUCAAGGGCUACCUCUUCUGCACCUAAUUCCCAGUCUAAUAAUUCACAUAAAGGAGGACCACACUCACCUUUCCAGGCUUCUAGGAAGCAGAGGAGGUGUUGGUCACCAGAGCUUCACCGCCGCUUUGUGAAUGCUUUGCAGCAACUUGGAGGCUCUCAAGGUUGGUAAUUCUGAAACUAAGUUCAUAUGAUGGACAUUCAGGUUCUGAUCUUGGUGUGUUCUGGUUGUUGGGUUCACAGUGAGAGCUCCCUCGGUUGCUAGAUGGAAACUUGUGAUGAAGUGGUUAAACAUUUGAUCAAGUGAAUUAUGCUUAGUCCGGAUGAGUAGAUGAAGUAGGAGUAAGCUAAUUGUGAUUUUGGUAGCACAUUUGGUUAAAUGUCUCAUUUGAAUGAACCUGUGGUCUUACUGCAGCUGCUACACCAAAGCAGAUAAGAGAGAUUAUGCAAGUUGAUGGUCUGACCAAUGAUGAAGUGAAGAGCCAUUUGCAGAAAUAUCGACUGCAUACACGGAGAAUGGCACCGGGUGGCAACACUCCUGCAAACCAAUCUGUAGUUGUUUUGGGGGGUUUAUGGAUGUCUUCACAAGAGCAGUAUGGAGACUCCUCAAAGGCUGCUAGUUCCCAGUCUGGUUCUCCGCAAGGCCCCCUCCAGUUUGGUGGAACCCUGACCGGAGGAGAUAGCAUGGAAGACGACGACGAUGCGAAAUCAGAGAACUAUAGCUGGAAGAGUCAUACUCCAAGAUCAGGGAAAGUUGGUGUAUAGUGUGUCUGUCUCCACGCCACGGGAUUUUUUUUUUGCAUCGGUAAAAGUAUACAUGGGAAGAAGAUUAAUAUAUGGGUUAUAAAUAAGAAGAAAAAGACUGGAAAUUACGAAUCGCGCGCGAGAAGAUGAUGAUGAUCAUGAGGAGGACGACGACGACGAAUUGCAGAGGAAGGAAGCCGUGGAAAUUUUUGCAGGAUUAGUGUUUUUUUUUUUAAUAUUUCUAUCUUGACGUUGAGCAUUUGUAUUGUAUCGUUAAAUUGGUAUAGCAAUAUUCUAAAGAUCCAUGUCUUCCAUGGACAAAAGAAACCCAGAAAAAAAAAGAAAAAAAAGAACAAGAGAAAAGAGAUGAAGGGGUUGGCUUAUAUAUUCUUAUUAUCAUCCCAUGCAUGCAGCUGUGUUCUUGAUCCUUGUAAUGUGUCAUUACUGGAGUAGGUGCUGCUGAAACAUUUGACUGCCAAUUUCCCAGAAGAUGAGUCAAGACUGCUGCUGGGUUGAAAUUGGAGUUUUUUUCCAAGUGAUUUCUCCUCCUGUUUUGUGGAAACUUGAGGCUCUGUAUCUCAGAAUCUUUACCUGGUGGAGAAUGAUGGGAAAGCUUCAGAAGGGUAAAGGGGGUGUGAGUGAAGAUGUGAAAGCUGAAAAGGGGAACGGCUGAACCUGAAACUGAAAGUCAUGCUGUUAGAUUCCAAGAAAAAGGUCAUAUUAUGUACUUUCUGUUGCCAUCUUGCCAAGGGCUAUUAUUGAAACAGCAAAUUGGAGAAUAUUCUCACAAUUAUGAUUUUUCAACCUCUUUGGCCCCCCAAUUUGGAUGGUCCCCUUUGGAAUUUUUCUCAUCCUCUUCACAUCCGUCAGGUAUUGACAAACAAGUUUCACAACACCCCUUGCUUUCUUUCCUACUUUCUUUCAUCAUUUUGGAGGUUUGUUCCUUCCUUCUUCUCUCUAUCUUCAUUGAGAGGGAAAGCUUUUGCCUUGCUCUGUUUCCUUGCUCUGCUUUUGUCUGUUGUUGUAUGGAAUCUUUUGCCUUCCCUUCCUGCCGAGGGAAUUAGUAAAAGGAACAUUUUUUCUUCACGACGUUCUAAAAUGUAAUUCUAGCCGUUAUCUUGGUUUUGAGAUGUGAUGACUGAAC